AUGUCGUCUUCAGAAGAAGUAGGCGGAGGAGGAGAUGACGAUAAUGGAGGUGGAGGCGGUACUGGUGGUGGACCGUCUUCAUCGCGGAGGCGUAGAGGUGGGGGAAAUGGUGUUUGGCCGGAGCCAUUUUUGGAGGCUUUGGCUUCACAAAUAGCCAUUGAUGCUUCUCGUUCUAUUGGUCGCCUUGCUGCUGCUCAAGCACUCUCCAGUCUUUUUCAGGUGUGUUCAACAUGGAGAGCAGUGUCACGUUCCGAUCUUCUCUGGCAAAAUUUAACCCUCCAAAUAUGGAACCGCCGCCACCUUCUCCGCCAAACAUGGCACGACGAAUACAUAUACUGGCACCAAACUUGCAACAAUUUCCGCCAACGUACGUACAUGUAUCACACUCUCCAUUUUGUACCUGCAAACAACGACAACAACAACAACGAUGGUCUUUCUUGCCGUCGUCUUGCGUUGGCCGAUCACCAUUUAGCCGCUGGGUUCUCCGACGGGUCGGUUCAGUUGUUUCAUCUACAGACUAGGGUUCAUUUAUCGACGUUUCAUCCCCAACUCCGCGACCGGCUUGGCCGGUACUCUAGAGCUGUUUCCGGGAUUAUUUUGUUCGAUGAGAGCGUUGUUUUUGCCUCUCUAGAUGGUGAUAUACAUGUGGCGGUCAUCGGCGGAGCCACCCCGCCCCGCCGUGCACACUUAGGCGACGUGGUGAAUGACGGCGCUUUAGUGGACUUCACCGGCUGUGAUCAGUGGUGGGUUGGCCUCUAUGCAGGUGUUCCGGGUCGUGCAUUUCACAUAUGGAAUAGUGAAACGGAGGAGCUAAUCUUCGUCGGCGGUGACUUAACCGAUCCAGAAGCAGUAAUGGGUUGGCACCUCCUCACCGAGUUAACCGAGUUCGUGGGCCGUAUCAGGAUCACGACUCAAGACAUGGCCGUGUCAUGCACUGGCCUACGCCUUGUUGUAAUCAACUUACGAAACCAAGGCCUGAUAAUCCAAGAACGAUCCUUCCAACAAGUGCUCAUCGUAGGAUCUUUCGAUGCCACGAACAAGUUGCUCGUGACAGUGGACAGCCAGGGCGUUGCCACUGUCCGUCGAGUAGAGGAUUUAGAGGAGGUAUGCAGGUUUAACGUGAGGGGAGCGUCUCAACGCGGAGUUGUUGGAUGCAUGAAUAGUAGUGGGUACGCAGUAAUGUAUGUGGGAGGAGUUAUUAGGGUUUGGGCGGUACAAAAUGGGGUGUAUCUUUAUAGUUUAAGGGAGAGAAUAGGGGAAGGAAAUGCUAUACUUGCAAAUGAAAGGCAUAUAGUAGCUUGUUCUAGUGAUGGUACUAUUCAUUUGUGGGACUUUGGGGCUCAAUAG